AUGGGAUCUUGCAUAUGUAAAGAACUAUCAGAAAAUGAUGUUUACGAAGGGCCGUUAAAUCAACCUUGGUUUCAAUCGAGAAGUUUAUUAUCAGCCAUAGACAAUUCCGAUAAUUGUAUGCCUAAUAGAUCAGAAAAUAUAUUAUGGGAUUGUCCGGCAUAUUCUACAAUAGACAAACUUGUUUUAGAAACAUUAAAUAGUAUAGGUUCGCGAAUGGAAAAUGAGCAGGAACCACCACCAUCUUUGCAAAAGUUACAUGCCAUUGCAGAUCAAGAAGAUGGUUGGAUACAAGUUGUUAUUUCAAUGGUUAAUGUCAUUCCUCCAAGUAAUCCUUUAGGACCUUCUGUAAUUAUUAUUUUACUAGAUGAUUGUCCUUUACCCACAAAGGAAUCAGUAUUGAAGUUGUCAAAAAUUUUUAAUUUAUCUAGUGAAAGUUCUAUAAUAGGUCGCAAUACUCCGACCCAACAAAGAAAUAUUUGUGUUAUUUUGGGUUGUUUUGCGGAAAAAUUGGCAGGUCCUAGCAGCAUAACAAUUUUAACAGCAGGAACACUUAAUUAUCUCAUAACAAAUUUGAGCGAAGGAACACAUCAUGCUGUGAUCUUAUCUUCAUUGAUAGCUUUAGAAAAGUUUGCACAAACAACUGAAAAUAAAGUAACAAUAAAAAAGAGAUUACAAGCAGAACAUAAAAAUCCUUUAUUGAGGUUAGAAAAGUUAGUAAAUUCAAAUCACUACUUAGAAAGGCAAAUCGGUUUUUGUUCGCAGUGGUGUUUGGAUAAUUUAUUUUUAAUAGAAGGCAGAAAGUUUUCAUAUGAAUGUGUCGAUACUAGUGAUAUUAAUGUCAUGCUUAAUACUAAGGAUGUUAGUGAGUAUUUAAAAAUUUCACCUGAUGGACUCGAAGCUAGAUCGGAUGCUUAUUCUUUUGAAAGUGUUCGAUGCACAUUUCAAGUUGACGAAGGUGUUUGGUUCUAUGAAGUUCUUAUUAUAACAUGUGGAAUCAUGCAAAUAGGAUGGGCAACCAAAGAUAGCACGUUUUUAAAUCACGAUGGAUGUGGUAUAGGAGACGAUCAGUAUUCUUUAGCUUACGACGGUUGUAGAAAAUUAAUAUGGCAUAAUGCAAAAUGCGAAGCUCAAAAUAUAAACGUUUGGCGACCCGGAGAUAUAUUAGGAUGUUUGUUAGAUUUGAAUAAACCGGAAAUGGUAUUUUAUUUAAAUGGAAAUUUUCUUCGUUCGUGCAAUCACGUUUUUGAUACGGCCAGAUCUGGUUUUUUCGCGGCCGCAAGUUUUAUGUCAUUCCAACAAUGUCGAUUUAAUUUUGGUAAUCGACCUUUUCAGUAUCCUCCUUCUAGACCAUUUAAAAGCUUUAAUGAUAAUGCUACUCUACCUCCAGAACAAAAAUUAGUUUUACCCCGGCAAAUAAGACUAGAAUUAUUAAGAAAACUUAGCGUUCAUGAAGAUUCUUGUACUUUAUGUUUUGAUAAAAAGGCUUCUGUAAGACUGAGACCUUGUGGACACAGUGGGUUUUGUUUGAUUUGCACCAAACAAUUGGUUGAAUGUCCCAUGUGUCGUUCCGUCAUUUCCGGCACGGAUCAAGAUAAAACAUGA